UGCAGCUGUUCGCCAGGAAGUGAAAUUAAAAGAAUCAUUUAAAGAAUCAAACGACGUCAAGCGUCUGUGGAGCACUGCGGCUAGCGUUAGUCUGCUAGCUGACAAAACGUCUGGGAAAGGGAUUUGGGGAAGAUAUCACAUUGCUUAGCCUGCUUGGUUUGAUUCGAAUUGAUUUUAGGACAGUUCGACUUUGCUAGGAAGAAGAGGAGACGAUGUCUGGAAGCUUUUAUUUCGUCAUGGUUGGACAUCACGACAAUCCUGUAUUUGAGAUUGAGUUCUUGCCAUCUGGGAAACCCGAAUCAAAGGAUGAUCAUCGUCACUUGAAUCAGUUCAUUGCACAUGCAGCCCUGGAUUUGGUGGAUGAAAACAUGUGGCUGUCCAACAGUAUGUACUUAAAAACUGUGGACAAGUUCAACGAGUGGUUUGUUUCUGCAUUUGUCACUGCAGGACAUAUAAGAUUCAUCAUGUUGCAUGAUGUUCGACAAGAAGAUGGAAUCAAAAACUUUUUUAAUGAUGUAUAUGAUUUAUACAUAAAGUUUGCAAUGAAUCCAUUCUAUGAAAUAAAUGCACCAAUCCGCUCGACAGCGUUUGAGAGGAAAGUCCAGUUUCUUGGAAAGAAACAUCUCCUGAGUUAAUCACUUCACACAGACAGGGAUGCGAAUGCAUCUUGUCUGCUUGUUGUAUAUAUAUACGCACACUUAAUACAAUUGACACCUGUCUUUUCCUGUUUGACAAGUGUAUAAUGUAUCCAGCAUAAAAGUCUUAUAUGUUUCUAUAAAGCAUUUUCUUGCCUGA